CUGCCGCCGCGGCUGCCGCUGGAGCCGGUGUCCGGGCUGGUGAUGGGGUUAAUUCCCUUCCGUGAGACUCUUCCUUGCAACCAGCCAGCCCCGCCGUCGCCCCGCAGCGCCGCGCUCCCGCCGCCUCCUCCUGCUCCUUCUCCUCAGUAACGCGGGCCACUGAAAGGUAUGAUAUAUUUGAUCCAAGACAGUCCAUUUCAGCCCAGGAAUCUACAGUGGUGACAAGGACAUGGGACUCCUCCCGCCAGAUUACUGUUGGUUCAAUACAAUUGACAUCCUGGCUGACAACUGUGAAAAGGAACCUUGGGUUAUUUUAUUUUAUUUUUGUGGAACACCACAAUCUCAGAUCCAUAGGACACAUCAGGCUUCAAGUUCCCUGUAGAAUUCUAAAAUAACCUUUGCUAAUGAGGAUGUCUGAUAUUGUUAUUAUAAAAGAUGAAACUGAAACAAUGAAGGAAUUGGAGGCAGAAAUGAGAGAUACAGCCAGAGUUGAAAAUCUUAUCAAAUCAGAAAACUAUGGGAAGAUUUCGGCAGAGAAGAAUGAACAUUGUAUGGACAACAAUAUUGAUUUGCAGCGGCCCCCGCAGUCAUUUGGACAGACAGGAAAAAGGUCUAAGUCAAGCUCCAAGUUAAAGCUAGUUCGGAGCCUUGCAGUGUGUGAAGAAUCUCCACCACCCCCUGCAGCAGACAUAUCCCAGGAGACCCAGGAGAAAAUUCAGAUACAAUUAACACAAUCAUUUGAAAAGGAAGAAAAGCCCUCAAAAGAUGAAACAGAUAAAGAAAAAGCCAGUGAUAAAUUACCCAGAAAAAUGUUAUCAAGAGAUUCCAGUCAAGAAUACACUGAUUCAACUGGCAUAGAUCUACAUGAAUUUUUAGUUAAUACAUUAAAAAACAAUCCCAGGGACAGAAUGAUGCUGCUGAAAUUGGAACAAGAAAUUUUAGAUUUCAUUGGUAAUAAUGAGUCCCCACGUAAGAAGUUUCCCCCGAUGACAUCUUACCACAGAAUGCUAUUACACAGAGUGGCUGCCUACUUUGGAUUAGACCACAAUGUUGAUCAGAGUGGGAAGUCUGUCAUAGUGAACAAAACUAGCAACACAAGAAUACCUGAUCAGAAAUUUAAUGAACAUAUUAAGGAUGAUAGAGGUGAAGACUUUCAAAAACGAUACAUCCUUAAGAGAGAUAACUCUAGCUUUGACAAAGACGAUAGCCAGAUGAGGAUACGUUUAAAAGAUGACAGAAGAAGCAAAUCUAUAGAAGAAAGAGAAGAAGAAUACCAGAGAGCUAGAGACCGAAUAUUUUCUCAAGAUUCCCUGUGUUCCCAAGAAAACUACAUUAUUGACAAAAGAAUCCAAGAUGAGGACACUAUUGGUACCCAGCAGAGGCGCCAGAUAUUUAGAGUUAAUAAAGAUGCUUCGGGGCGAUCCACAAACAGCCAUCAGAGCAGCACUGAAAAUGAGUUGAAAUACUCAGAGCCACGGCCCUGGAGCAGCACAGAUUCAGAUAGCUCCCUCCGAAACCUGAAACCCGCUGUAACCAAAGCCAGCAGCUUUAGCGGAAUCUCGGUCCUGACAAGAGGUGAUAGUUCUGGAAGCAGCAAAAGCAUAGGCAGGCUUUCCAAAACAGGGUCUGAGUCUUCAGGUAGUGUAGGGUCCUCUACAGGCUCUCUCUCACACACCCAGCAGCCUCUCCCAGGUCCAGCUCUUAGCCAGUCUUCUCAUGGCGCACCUGUCAUCUACCCGGCAGCCAGCAAUCACAGUUCUCUUUCCUUUGAUGGUGGCCUCAGUGGUCAAGGUGCAUCUCCUAGCACUAGCUUCCUUUUGCUUCCCUUGGAAGCAACUGGCAUACCACCUGGCAGUAUUCUGAUCAACCCACAAACAGGUCAGCCCUUCAUAAACCCAGAUGGAAGUCCAGUUGUGUACAAUCCUCCUCUGACUCAACAGCCAGUUCGAACCCAAGUGCCUGGUCCUCCACAGCCACCUCUGCCACCCCCACCACCUCAGCAACCAGCAGCCAGUCCCAUGUUCUCACAGCCUGUUGGUCCUCUGCAGCCCUCUUCUCAGCCUGUUCAGUGCUCUCCAGCCCCCUACCCAUCCCCGCUCCUGCCAGUCUCACCCACCCAGCAGUACUCUGUGGAUAACCUUGGCUCUCAGUUCAGCCACAUGAGUCUUGCCCGACAGCCGUCAGCUGAUGGUUCCGACCCUCACGCCACCAUGUUCCAGUCCACUGUUGUUCUACAGUCUCCCCAGCAGUCUGGUUACAUCGUGACGACAGCACCCCCACAUCCUCCACCACCACCUCCACCACCUCCCCCUCCUCCUUCCCUGCCACCUGGGCAGUCAGUCCCCACUGCCAAUUUCUCUGCCUCUGGGCAUCCUGUCAACCAGCCUGUGCUCCAGCAGCAGGGGUUUCUUCCUCAGCCCUCACCACAGAUGCCAGCCUGUUACUGUGCUCCAGGCCACUAUCACUCCAGCCAGCCUCAGUACCGCCCCAUCCCUUCUGUCCAUCACAGUUCACACCUAAACCAACCACUGCCACAGCCUGCACAGCACACAGGUUAUCAAGUUAUGCCCAACCAGCAGCAAAACUACCAAGGAAUAGUUGGAGUUCAGUCACCGCAGAGUCAGAGCCUCAUGGGAGGCCAGCCAAACAGCACUGGACCUCAUCUCCAGGGAGUGGUCAUCCCCUACCCCUCAGUGCCAUCAUAUCAGGUUUCACUGCCUCAAGGUUCUCAAGGAAUUGCCCAUCAGACUUACCAACAGCCUGUUGUGUUCCCUAAUCAGUCUAAUCAAGGAUCUCUGCCCACAACAGGAAUGCCAGUCUACUACAGUGUCAUUCCACCUGGCCAACAAAGUAAUUUAAGCUCUGCAGUUGCUUACUUACAACAUCCAGGGUCAGAACAAGGACAGUUUCCUCGAACCACGUCACCAUGCAGCUCUCAACAGCUUCAAGGCCACCAGUGUGCAGCUAUGCCACAGCAGCCGCCUGGUGGAGGAAUGGUGAUGAUGCAGCUCAACCUACCAAAUAAUCCGCAGUCUCGGGCACACUCACCCCCACAGUGGAAACAGAACAAAUACUACUGUGACCAUCAAAGAGGACAGAAGUGUAUGGAAUUCAGCAAUGUGGAUAACAUUGUCCAGCACAGCCCGCAACUCAGCAGCCCCAUCCUUUCUCCAGUGCAGUCACCAGCACCAGCUCAGCUGUCCACCCUAAAGACCAUCCGCCCCUCGGGACCACCGCUUUCCAUCAUGUCCCAGUUUGCUAGACCUUUCGUUCCUGGACAGGGAGAUGCCAGGUAUCCGCUGCUUGGCCAGCCCCUGCAGUACAACCCUCCUACUCUUCUGCAUGGACACAUUCCACAUCAACAGGGUCAGUCUGGCAGCAGGCAUGGAAACCGAGGACGUAGACAAGCUAAGAAAGCUGCAUCCACAGACCUUGGAGCAGGAGAGGCAGUUGUCGGCAAGGUCUUGGAAAUCACAGAACUACCAGACGGAAUAACUCGAAUGGAAGCUGAGAAGCUUUUUGGGGAACUCUUUAAAAUUGGCGCCAAGAUCCGAUGGCUCCGGGACCCCCAGUCUCAGCCCCAGCUACGUCGUCAUCCUCUCUGCUGUGGUAGUGGGGAUAACACAGUCAACCCCGAGCGCUCUAAGCCCAGUGACCUGGCCUCUACGUACACUGUCCUAGCUACGUUCCCCUCCAUUUCAGCUGCACAGAGUGCACUGAAGAAGCAGAUCCAUUCAGUGAACAAGUUUAAGCUGAGAAUGAGCAAGAAGCACUACGAUUUCCACAUUUUGGAAAGGGCAAGUUCUCAGUAAGCCAGCCGCUACCUUUGGACCCUCACUCUAUAACUCCCUGCCCUCUCCCAUCUGAUUGGCUUGUUAAGUGGAGCGGAUGUAAUAUAGAGACUCCUGGAUGUUUGGCCAUAUGUUACAGCUUUUGGAAGAAAGCCCAGGGACCCAGUACAGGGAGGGGAGACACCCAUUUCACCGCAGCGACUAUAGGAAUCCACACAGGAAUGAUGCAGGGUACAGGGAGGGGAGAUACCCAUUUCACCGCAGCAACUAGGAGUCCACACAGGAAUGAUGCACAGUACAGGGAGGGGAGACACCCAUUUCACCGCAGCGACUAGGAGUCCACACAGGAAUGAUGCAGAGUUAGCAGCGUUUCUAAGGAAAUGCUGUUCAGAUGCCUCCUAACUUUUAUAGUUAUUUUGUUUUAUAUUUCUGAAUUCUUGUAUCAGAUCCAAAGCUCUAUUGUACAGCAAAUUAUUCUUCAAAGUGAUUAUAACCAGUUGCAACCUGUAUUUCUUUUUGCAGCCAGCACAGUGUGAACCAACUCAGACUUUGGGAGAAAAAGAAUGCAGGAGUGGAAUAACCAAGUCAAAACCAUGUCAAAACUAUCCUCUGGGGGUGCUGAGGGUGCUAAGGAGACCCACAAAUAAACAAUUACUCCUCCACUGAAUUGCUAAACACAGAAAAAUUUCCAGGAAAUCCAGAACUCCCCGACAGGGUCCUUCUUUCUUCAUUUAUGUAGUAUGGCCGUUAAGUGUAAGGUAAAUUAUGUUCUCAAUGCCUCUUAAUCAAACCACUUAGGUUAAAAAGAAAUAGGAAUCAUCCUAGGCAGGAAAAUUAUUCCACUUUUUUUUAAGUGUCCUUCCAAUAACUAAAUGCCACUCAUCAGCAUUGUCCUCUUUGGAAAUUUUGUCUCCCGAGGAAAUGCAUUUGACGAGUGCUGAAAACUUCUUAAGUGGUUUAAAUUUUGUUUUCAUUGUUUGCAGCGGAUUACUGGACAUCAAAGAUUCAUUGCACUUAUGAACAAGGAACCUUAUUUUCAAUUUCUGUGUAAUUUUGCAAGGCUGUACAAUGUGCUGAUGCAAGCCUUUUUCAGUUCAAGAGAAUAAAUGUUUACAAAUGUAGA